CCGCCUUGGCUCCUUGGAUUCGUAAAUCGUAAACUUUUCCAUUUGUGGCCGUUGUGCCCCUUCCUGAUCGCUGUCAUGUCGUCGGAUCUUUCGUAAUUCCGGAGCUCCGGUCAGAAAUGCAUUUUGGUCUUCUUCUGCUCUUCAGGCAACAAUCACAUCGUCUUCCUUUAUUAUUAGCCCCGUCGCGUGCAUUUCGACCAACAACAAUCUAAAGUUAGCCUCAUUGUUAUUCUCCUUCUUGAGGGUUUUAUUUCGUUGUGACCCACUCCACAUUCUCUAUGUAUCUUCUGUCGCCUGUCAGAGCAUGGGCUCUCGACGAUUCCACAGCAAAUCUCGUCAUGGUUGUAGCCAGUGCAAGCGCAGAAGGGUGAAGUGUGAUGAGCAGCUCCCCUGCUGUCGAAGCUGUUCCAAACGUGGAAUCGAGUGCAGUCUGAUGAAUGCAUUUGCUGAUACGCCAAGGCGAUCAUCUCCCGUGCGUACGCAGCAAGACAAUGGCUCUUCGAAAGGAUCACCUAGCGAGGGCGUCUCUCGAGAGACCUCACCAACAACUCCAUCACCCUCAAACACUCCCAUUGUUUUCCUCACUACGCCCGCUCCCGCUCUUAGUCCUUUCCCAGAUCGACCGCUCCGAGAGCUCGAAUUGAUGCAUCACUAUAUGGCGUUUACCUGGAAGUGCCUCCCGGGGCGAGAUAUUUCUGGAAAAGUCAUGGGAGAAGUGGUUCCACGAGAAGCGCUCAAGCAUGAUUUUCUCAUGCACAGCAUGCUGAGCAUUUCAGCCAUACACCUCGCGCAUCUUCGGUCAAGCAACAAGCAUACCUACCUGGCUACGGCAGUUCAGCAGGCAGACCUUGCACUACGUCUGACGCGGGCUGCAAUCCAAAAUAUUACACCGGCCAAUCAUGCAAUUAUAUUCAUGGGAACGUGUUUUGUCAAUGCUUUUGCCUUUAGCUUUCCACAAACUCGGCAUCUCGACCAUUUCUGCGAUCUCCUUCUGCUUUUUCGCGGGUGCAUUGCCGUUCUCAUGCUUGGGAGGCAGCGGGUUCGCUCGAGCAGUCUAGGCGAACUACUGAGUGACCCAACGGGCGGUGCGAGAAGAGAUCUCCCUCGACAUGCUUCCCAAGCGCUCGAAACUUUGCAGUUGUACGGUGAUGCUCUCGCUGUAGCUGAGAGUACAAAGAGGGUGUAUCGCCGCGCUAUUGACGAAUUGCGCGAGAGCUUUCUCAACCACUACUCGUUUCCUGACCAUCAUUAUAACAUUUUUGGAUGGCCACACUGCUUGCCUGAGGAGCUUAUUGUCCUUCUCAAAGCCCGAGUGCCAUUUGCAUUGGCCAUUCUGGCUCAUUACUGCGUCAUUCUUCACAACGUUGACCAUCUAUGGUGGGCUCAGCGGUGGGGUCAGGAUGUGUUUAUUUCGAUCUCGUCUGUCCUUAGUCCAGAAUGGCAAUUCUUGAUCGAUUGGCCACGGCGCAUGAUUUUUGCAAAGGAGCUUUGAACCUCCAUCGGAAUUGUUCUUUCUGGACGUUUGCAUUUUACUUGAUAUCCAUUUGCUUUUAGUUGCAUCCAAUAUAUAUAUGGCAUAAUUAGAGCCAAGAUUCCCCAUUAGAAUCACAAAUCCCAAAAUAUUCAGAAACC